AUGUCUGAGCCUCCGAGCAAAAAACAGCGGACCGGAAUUGAGGAUGCCUCAAAGACACCCGAGGGCUCGCGUGUCCUUGCGGUACUGGGGCUCGGCAAUCCCGGUGGCAGCUACAAGCGAGAAAGACACAGCUUGGGAGCUCGUGUGGCAGCUGCCCUGGUCCAGGAACACAAAGCAUGCAGUUCACCUGAAAGAAAGGAGAAUGAGAAUAAGGAUCUGGGUGGUGCAGUGUGGCUUCGUGGGGAAAAGUUUCAGGCCCAGGUGCUUGUUCUGGAGCCGCAACGACCCAUCAAUGACAACGGCCCACAGCUCCAUUCAGCGCUUUCGGCAUUGAAUAUUCUUGACAGUCCAUUCUUGGCGAUAGUCGACGACUGCUGGUUGCCUUUGGGCUCAAUUCGCUUUAGAGAGAAAGGCUCCAGCGGUGGGCACAAAGGCUUGGAAGGAAUCGAGGCUGCCUUUGACUGCAAACAGAACUAUCACAGACUGCGAUUAGGCAUUGGAGGAAAGAAUCUGAAGGAGUUUGUGACCGGCACUUUCACAGAGGAGGAGGAGACUUUAAUUGAACCAGUGCUGACCGCUGCAGUCUCCGCGGUGGAGGCAUGGCUAAAACUCGGGCCAGAGGCAUCUCAAAAGAUCAUGAGUAUUGUCAAUGCUCCCACUUUCACGAAGGAUCCUUCUGCCUUGAAGCGAUGA